ACAACAUUAUCGCCGGUCGGCUACACGUCGUCGUCGGAGGCGUUGUCCUUAUAUCCGCCCGAACUCGCCGUUGACGGCAAUAAGAGGUCCUGUUUUUACAGCAAUCGCCGAAAGCCCAGGUGGUGGAGGAUGGAUAUGGGCACUCCUCACACCGUCAUCUCCGUCUCCAUUACUGUGCCCUUUGCCAGCUCUGAACAUCACUUCACAAUAUAUGUGAUUGAAGUGAACGACACGACGACUGCCACCAAAUACCAGAAGUGCGCCUCUUUUAGGGGUAUCUUCUCGUCGCAGACA